AUGUGGAUCCGCUGGUCGUGCGAGCCCGCCAUCUCAACCCUCAGGCCUCUCACCGACUUCCAUCGUGAGGUCUUCUCUUCCUCAAAGAGCGGUGUCACCGUUCCUCCUCCUUACAAUACUAUUGACCAUUCCUGCCACCAAACGUUUGCGACAAUGACCUCGAAUCUUGAGUUCUCCCCAGAGGGUCUGCUGGACCUAAACUUCGAUCACCGAGAUCCGCGUUACCCAUUUACCACGAACAUGGCGGCUCGCGCGAGUUGGCCUAUGCCUCUCGAUAUGGCCUCAGGAGCCGCUGACCAGAGGCGGGAGACUUCCCCAGGCCAAAACACACAUCAGCAAUUUCCUCAGGCUGGGCAUAAUAACUCCCCGACCCUGUUGACAGACUGGCCGAUGCAACAACAGCCACAACAACUGCCGCAGUACAUUCAAGACAACUCGUUAAUGGGGGCACAGUUCAAUGCUUUUGGAACCACAUUUCAGACAUCACCGUUAGACUACACUAUGCCCACGACACAGGCAAAUUUCGAGGCUGGACUUCAGAUGGAGACCCCGUUCAAUGGAUUGGCACCGACGGUGGAGGCACAGGCCCAAGCAGCGAUGUGGGCAAACUGGCAGGAGAUUGAGAAUGCCAUGAACUUCACGGGGCACGAUGGGCUCCCGGGUGUGGGUCGCCAAAGCCUUGGAAGCAACUCGCCCACUGGGACGUAUUUGGAAGUUCUGUCGCUCCCAAGCUCAAGUAGUGACCACGGAUGGAACACGGUUGACCACUUCCCCAACUUCGAGGCUUAUCAGCAAGCACACAAUGCAGCAAUCUUCAACCCGGGCCAGACUCUUCAUCUUCGAACCCACUCGGACUCGUCACAAUCGGACGGGACUGGCCACACCAUGGAGUCCUUUGGCAGCUUCGAAGAUAUCUCGUAUCCUUAUUCUCCAUACUCUCCCGAGUCUGAUAACUAUCUGGAUCCUGUUGGACAUCGAAAUUGCUUCCAUGGAGAGUCUCAUCAUCACUCCCAUGAGACUGUCAGCCCCGCCGCAGCCGUAGCCCCUGUACCCAUCAAGAUGUCGCCGUCGUCGAGUCGAACUACCCCUUCCUCAACUUCAUCACCACCAGCCCGAAGGAACUCGGCACCACGGAAGAGCCCAACUGCAAAGGCAACCAAGGCUGUCAUCCGUCGCACGUCGAACGGAAAGAAGGAUACCGAGAAGCGGGUUGGUCGUCGACGUGGACCAUUAUUACCUGAGCAACGGAAACAAGCAAGUGAGAUCAGAAAGUUGCGAGCAUGUCUUCGAUGCAAGUUCCUCAAGAAGACUUGUGACAAGGGAGAGCCUUGUGCCGGUUGUCAGCCGUCUCAUGCCAGACUGUGGCAAGUUCCAUGUACGCGCAUCGACAUCAAGGAUAUCAGCUAUUUCAUGAAGGACUGGCGUGCAGACUACGAGCGUCACGUGGGUCGUGGGGUAUCUGUGUACAACAUCAAGGGCUUUGCUCAGAAAGAGGAGCUCAUUUGGAUCACCCAUGGCUAUGGAUUUGCCCUUCCCAUCAUGGCCCGGGAAGUAUACGUUAGUGACGACAGUUGCUUCUCUAUUGAUUGGGUUGAGUCUGAGCACGACGAGCCCCUUGAGUUUGACGUCCGAACAGAAAAGAUGUCGGCUGGGUCAGAGGGAGUUUCUACGGAAGCCUUGUCCGAGUAUCUCGACAAACAUCUUGACGGGCCGUUCGAGGAAUUCAUCGAUGAUUAUUUUGAAGGCACUCCUUUCAUCACCGAGAUCUUGAAGACUGCUCACCGCUACUACACCAAGGAGAAGGUACCCGUCAUUCGCAAAGCCUUGAAGCUUGUCCUCGCCUACAACUUGACCCUUCACGUCACCAUGGUCGAACAAAGGGGUGACGAGCAUCCUAUGGAUGGCAUGAUUGAGGAUGAAGACUCCAGGUACAACGGCAAAAUUAUCGCACCGGUGAUGAUCAACUUUCAGAUCAAGUGUGCACUGGCCGACAUGUGGCGCGAGCUGCAGAAGGAGAUCCUCGAGGAGUUGUCCUCACUCUACUCCAGCGUGUACAGCGGUGAUCGCCUCAAGAACUGGCCAACUAUCUUCAUGCUUGCCUCCAUCCUCCUUGCUGUCUGGGAAGAGAUGCAAUUCGACUGCCACUACCGUGUGCCUGAUCAAGCUGCGGUUAACAAGUUCUGCAGUGACAUGGAAACUACUCCAGUGGGUGUCAUUGUCGGUCUCUUCCACGCCAUCUCCCAGAAGCUUCCUUCCUUCACCGAAUGGGAUACAAGACGGCACGGGCAGCUCCUCAACAACAACGUCGCGGUCUGUGAUGCCAUGACAGAAAUGAAGGAUCAUGUGAUCAAGCAUGAAUCCUACCUCAAGACCCGACCUGAUGCCAGGUUUGACCGAAGAGACUUCGACUCCUUGUCCAACAAGUUCCUGUCGAAGCUAGUCAUCCGCGCCAACUAG